AUGGCGGAUCAGCAGCAGCCGACGGCGGCGGCGGCGGGGGCGGCGUAUUCGCGGAAACAGAUCACCGACAGCAUGGCCUUCAUCAACGAGAUCCUGGCGGAGCUCGUGGCAGCGCCCGACGUCCGCCACGAGUUCUUUAGGCUCCUCUCUGGAUUGCGAAAGGACGGCGGCGACGCCGACGCCGUCGGGUCCCGUGCCGCGGAACUCCUCCGUGGCCACCCCGACGUGCUCCGCAGGUUCCUCGCCGUGCUGUCCGAGGCGCAAGGCAGCGAGGACAUGUUCGCCGACGAGAUCUACGACAGGGCCAAGCGAGCGUUCGGCCCGGCGCACGUCGGCCUGCUCCACGCGUUCGCCACCGUGUGGCUCCCGGGGGAGGAGUGGAAGCUGCAGCAAGCGCGUGGACCGGCGCCGGCACGGCAGCGCAGUCGCGCGGCGGCGGCCUCCGCCUCGCACGCCGGCAUGCCCGAUGCUAAGAAGAAGCCUCGCGCCGACGACGAUGGCAACAACGGCCGACGACACGACCCUGCUGCCAUUGCCCCCCGACGGCAGCGCAACCGCGCGGCGGCGGCCUCCUCGCACGCCGCGGCCGCCGGCAUGCCCGAUGCUAAGAAGCCUCGCGCCGACGAUGGCAACUACGGCCGGCAACACGACCAUGUCAUCGCCGUGCUGGAGGUGAGAAACGUCAAGAAGCGCCGCAGCGACGACGAUGGCACCGGCCGCGGACUCCACGCGCUCCACCGCAUCGGUGAAAGCUCAGGCGGCGGAGCAGCGGCGCGGGGCCGUGACUACGACUACGACUACGCGCCGCAGUCCAGAGCCAAGAAGCACCACAGUGGCAACGGCGAGUUCUCGGGCAGCGCGCCCGCGGCGCAGGUGCUCGGUGCCGGCGCCGGCGCCGGCGUCCACCACGCGGCACGCGUACAGCGACAAUGA